AUGGGAACAUCUGCUCAAUCACAUAUGAAUUCUACUUCUUUCUUCAAGACAUUUAGGAGUUAGUUUCGACCGAUAGAGAUCAAGGGAGAGAAGAUCGAUGGACAAGUUUAUGUUUGUGAUGCAAAUUAAGAGAUGAUCAUCGAAUAUCCAAACAGAAUCCUCGAUUAGGAGUCGGAUGAACUCUGGCACUAAUCUUAAUCUAUGAUUCAACAUAUUUAAGCCCCCUACAUUAUCAAUUAUUAUGGGAGUGCGGAAAGACAAUCGCAGGAAAUGUGUUCCUCAUACUCAACGAUAUUCAGUUAUUACGAGUAUAUUCCUCAUAAUUUAUAGAAAGAAAUUAAUGAAAGGAAAGAUAAUCGAGAAUAGUUUGCAGAAAAGGAAAUUUGGUAUUUGUUAUGGUCUUUGUCCCAGGCACUUUAUGAACUAAAAUAAAAGGGUUACAAUCAUAAAGACUUAAGACCAGUCACUGUUGCAUUAAAGCGAAAUGGCAUGGUCAAACUAUGUCCCAUAGGUGUUCUGUAGGACCAAAAAAACUCGGUUGCUAGGUUUGUAGUUGAAAAUUAAUAAACUUACAUUCCUACUACAUUGAAGAAAUAGUUGAUAAACUAAUCAUAGCCAUAAAUCAAUUGGAACAAAAUAGAUUCAUUUGCCUUAGGACACAUAAUUCUUGAUCUUAUGAUACUUGAUGUGCCCGUAUUGGUUGAUAAUCAAUAAAUUUCAUAAUUAUAGAUGUUAUGUUACAAUCGCUUUUCCUAACAAUUAAUUCGAAUAAUGGAACAUCUUAUGUUAGAAACUGAUAAUUAACUACUAGUAGAGGAUGUUUACUAUUUAUUGAAACCAUAUUCAGAAAGAAUCAAUAACUUAUAAGACUUUUAAAUUAAUUUUGAAGAUGUCAAAUAACUAGCAAUCCCUUUAAAUAGCAUGUCAAAAUUAAGGUUAAAAUCAAUUAUAGAAACUUCAUAUAAGCAAUCAGAAAUACUAUAUGAAUCUUAAUAAGUUGAUAACACUCAAUAUUAAUAACAACUAAAGGUGAAUAUCCAACAGCAAUUAAUUAUAGAAGAACAAAAGCAAUAAUUACUACUCUAAUAAUAAAAAUACCAGUAAUAACUUUAAAUUUAGCAACAAACUUCAAAUCAAUAACAAUAUACUAAUACUGUUUUACAAUAAUAAAUUUAACAACAAUUAUAAUAGCCCAACAUUAAUCAAUAAGCAGUAUUAAUCCAAUAACCCACAAUUACUUAGUAAAUCAUUCCAUAACCUCCGCCUAUACAAUAAUAGCAAGUCAUCACCUAAUAACAACCUCCUAAUAUUAUAUAAUAAUAGCAACCUUCUCCUUAACAACACGUAGUAAUCCCAAGACCUCCUUAAACACAACAGCAGUUAAUUCAAAGUCCAGAUUUAAGAAAGUCUGUAUCUCCUUAGCCCUAAAAGAUCGUUAAUUAAUAGCCUCAAUUACUAUAAAGAUUAUUAAUGUAAUCAUAGCAGAUUCCAUAACCACCAUAAGUUAUACCUCCAAAAUAACAAUAGCCAUUGCCUAUAGUGACUCCCAUAUCACCAGUUAAUCCAAUCAAAAUACCACAACAGUAUUACCAACCCUAAAUUCCUCCUCCUCAACCUCCUCCUGUUGCAUAACCUAUUUAAAAUGUCUAUGUACCUCCACAACCUCCAAAUAUACUGUAAUAACAACCCAUCCAAAGACCUGUUGUAUAGUAAAAUGCUCCGAUUCAAUUGCCAGUUAUUUAUUUGAAUAGGCCUCCUCCAACAAACAAUUAUAAUUAGUCGCCUCCAGGUUAAAAAAUUCCAGUUCAAUUAGUAUAAACAGUAGCUCCGAUGAAUGACUAAUUUGAUAGGGAGAUCACUGUUUUGGAGUACUAGCCCUAAAGAAACCAGCCAUUAAGGGCUUCUAAUCAAGUUCCAUAAACAUAAUAAAAAUAUUCCUCGCCUUAGACGAGAUAAUCGAACAAUUUUGAUAGAAUUCGUAAUGUCAUUUAAGAUUCAGAUGAGUUGUUGUAAUAAUAGCAUAAGUGA